CGCAAAUGUCAAAAAUGGGGGAAGAAGUCGAUGAAUAUGAAUUGGAGAAGAUUCGUGCUGAAAUCCAGCAGGAACGCCAAAUGAAAGAAAUGCUAGACCAGUCUGCAAAAGAACUCCGCAUCACAGUUGAAGAGCUGGAAAAGAGAUAUGAAGCAAUUGAAAAUGAAGGAAUGUACAAGUAUCUCGAAAUGGUAGAAGAGGAACGCAAUGAGUGGAAGACAAGGUUUGAGACCCAAGAGGAGAUGAAUCAGCAGCUGGAGCGCCAAAUCAUUAUGCUGCAAGACAAGAUCGAGGAGGCCAAACGGAACCUCAAAGACGCGGACUUGGUACAACUGUAUCAGACCAAGAAAAUUGAAGCAAGAGCUUACGUGGAAGGUAGGGCUCCGAGCCCUAGAACAGGUGCGGAUACGCCCAAAUCUAAAUCCACUGGGAUUACAAUAAAUAUAUCUGUUUCCCCUCAAGCGGGAAAGACACCCCGAGACAUGAAGUCAUUCGACGAUUUAUCAGAUUAUAUAUCCCAUCUAAAACGAUUGUUGGAAAUUGAGUCAAAGGCCAACCCACAAAUGGUGAAAACUAUGGAAAGAGAGAAACAGCAAUUAUAUAAUCAGUUGAGAGAUUUGGAAUGGCGCCUUGACCAGGAGUCAAAGGCUUACCACAAGGCGAACGACGAGCGAAAGCAGUACGUGUUGGAGAUCAACGCAACCAAGGGAAACAUUGACGGCAACAAGGCCCGUCAGAGGGCGGCAGUGGGCGUGCAGCAGCGAGAGGUAGACGAGAUGUCAAGGUCGCCUAGACUUAUGGGUUAUGCCGCCCAAUAUAAGCUAAAGCUUGGGAGCCCCGGAAAACUGGAAAAAGAUAGGAAUUCUAGGAAUGCUGUAUCAAACAGGCAGUCUCCCUCCUCUCGAAUAUCCGCAGAUAACGGUGUUUAUGGUUCUAGAAAGCAAUAUUCCCGAAGACCAGCGAAUUAUCGACCCAAGGCGAGGGCCAAUCAAAAAGACGGCAGCGGUGAAAAACCUCCCUAGUUUAGAACUACGUGACACUUGAUUACUAGAGACACUUGAUUACUAGAGAGGUGUUCUGGUCAUGGUUUUAAAACAGCGCUGGUCAUAGGGUUGUUCAUAUUCAAAGUAUUUAAUCAGAACUGUAGCAGUUAUGAAGUCAACCGUCUGUUGGCCUUUGUUAUUUCUACUGUAUUUUCUGAAGUCUGAGUUUCAUGAAUUCAAUAGUUUUGCUAUGUUAUAAACGUUUACUUAACAGUUAUCUUGUUAUUUUGAGAAAGACAAUUAAAACAUAGGAAAUUUGAAUUGUAAACAAAUGCACACGUAAGCAAAACUUAACCAUGUUUUGCGUUAACUAUGUUGACCUUUGUAAUUGUAUUUUAUUAGACAUUUUAUACUAUAUUGUAUUUUUGUUAAGUCAAAAUGUUACUAUAAUAUAUACUCAGCAAAAAAGAGUGCCCAACUUAAAGCUGGAAUUUCUCUGCAAUCUGCUGCUUUACUGUUAUGGUAUAAUGCAACCAUGAUUUAAGUUAUUUUUUUCCGACAAAAGCAUCUGUGACAAUAGUUUAAUGUACAAAAAACAAAUCAGCAUUUUAUUUCACACUCAGAAUAUAAUAACAAACAGCACACUGUUUAAACACAUAUUUGUAUUCAUCCGUGUAGAUACAAGCGUUCUCAUAUUAUAUGAAGUAUACAGCCGAAUCUCGCUAUGUCGAAAACUGUUAUCCCGAUGUUCUGGUUCUCACGAUUUUUUUUCAAUGUUUUGGGAUUAGUUAAAAAUGUUGUAUAUUAAUUCGGUUAUAUCGAAUGUUCAUUAUCUCGAAGUGUAUCCCGGUAUGCCAACGACUUUGACAUAGCGAGUUUUGACUGUAUAUACAUUUUCGUCACAUGCACAAGACCCUUACUGGAUAUUUUCCCUUUUGUGGAAAAUAUAAUUUUAAAAGUCAUUCUUGUUUGGUAUGUUUUCAUCCUGCACCUAUGUACGCAAUACCAUUUGUGAUGUAACAUUGGUGUUUACUGGGAAGGUAGUUGUUUGCCAAUUGAUACUUUGUAUAUAAUGUAUACUGCAUGUCUAGUUGGAAAGUAAUACUUUUGGAAAAUAUUUUGUUUUUAUGUCGAGACGUUUUUGUGUGAAAAAGGUAUCAAUGUCGCCAUACUUUUCCAUGGUAAUUUUACAUUGUCCAUGGUGAUAAUAUAUUGUCCAUGGUGAUGCUACAUUGUCCAUGGUGAUGUUACAUUGUCCAUGGUGAUGUUACAUUGUCCAUGGUGAUGUUACAUUCUCCAUGGUGAUGUUACAUUGUCCAUGGUGAUGUUACAUUGUCCAUGGUGAUGUUACAUUGUCCAUAGUGAUGUUACAUUGUCCAUGGUGAUGUUACAUUGUCCAUGGUGAUGUUACAUUGUCCAUGGUGAUAUUACAUUGUCCAUGGUGAUGUUACAUUCUCCAUGGUGAUGCUACAUUAUCCAUGGUGAUGUUACAUUGUCCAUGGUGAUGUUACAUUGUCCAUGGUGAUGUUACAUUGUCCAUGGUGAUGUUACAUCGUCCAUGGUGAUGUUACAUUGUCCAUGGUGAUGUUACAUUGUCCAAGGUGAUGUUCCAUGGAGAUUUUUUUUUAUAAAUGAAAACAGCGUUGCGAAAGAUGUACCAGGUACCGUAUUCAUAAAGUUUCUUAGUGAAAUUUUAAACUUAGUGUUGUCUUUUAAUUAUUAUUUAACAACGAAUAUUUUAAAUGCCCUUUAGUUUUCAUCAUUUCUAUUCACAUGCCUCGAUUAUUUUUAUCUUGUUCUUGCUUGUUUUCAUCAUUUUGAUGAAAAAAAGUAAAAACAUUGUAAAUUUUCUUUAAAUUAACUUAAAAAGUUGACAAUUUUUUCUCCAAUACUAGUAUGCUUUGUGAAUAGGGCACCCGGUAUUUUAAUCAGUUUGUUUGCAUGUUUUAUAUGCCUUACAUACAACCAGGGGCUUUGUGUUUUGUUUUCAUAUGUUUGUUAUAAACUUAAUUAUAUAUUACCUAUAUGUUUAUUGUAUUUUAUUUUUCAUUUGAUAAAAGAAGCAAGCAUU